UUACUGAUGAAGACAAAGUGGAGUUACAGAGGAUUCAAACCAUAUUUGGUCCUCGUGUGAAUGACUACAUUAUGAUACUCUACACAAAUGUGUCAUGUCCCAAAGGCAAACCUGUACAGGAUAGUCUGCAAGAGAACCCAUAUCUAAAGCAGCAAUUUCCUAAAGGUUGCUUUGUGCUUAGCCAGGAGAGUGGGCAUGAGGAGAUAUCAGAAAUGCUCAAGAAGAUUAAGAGCAAAUCAGACAAAUGUUUCACCACUGAUAUGUUUGUGGAAGCUCAAAUAGAGGAGAGAGGCAGACUCCAGACAGAGUUGGAAAAGGAAAAAAAGGAAAAUGAGGAGAUGAAGAAGCAGCUCAACAGCUCACCAGUCAUUCAGAAUCCAGAGAGCACCCCAGAUUGUGUCAGGAUCGUGCUGAUUGGGAAGACAGGAGUUGGGAAGAGUGCAACAGGAAACACCAUCCUGGGGAAAGAUGUUUUUAAAUCUGCACCUUGGGGUAAAUCAGUGACGACCUGUUGUCAGAAAGACACAGCACAAGUAAAUGGCCGAUCUGUUGCUGUUGUAGACACACCAGGGUUGUUUGAUACAGGUGCCCCAAAUGAUGAUGUCCUGAAAGAAACUGUGAAGUGUUUCAGCUUGCUGGCCCCUGGACCCCAUGUGUUCUUGCUGGUUCUUUCAAUUGGUACCAGGAUGACACAAGAAGAAAAGGAGACGUUGAAACUCAUCAAAGAUACCUUUGGGACUGGGGCUGAAAAGUUUACCAUUACCCUUUUCACAAAAGGGGAUGGUCUAGGUUCUUAUCCAAUUCAACAGCACAUCGAAAAGGGUGAUCCUUCAAUUGAGCGACUAAUCUCUGACUGUGAAGGACAGUAUCAUGUGUUCAAUAACAACAAUCAAGGGAAUCGCACACAGGUGUCUGAGCUGAUGGAAAUAAUUGACAGGAUGGUGGAGAAGAACGGUGUUGGUUGUUACACAAAUGAGAUGUUCCAAAUGGCAGAAGCUGCAAUUAAAGAGAAGUUUGAGAACAUUAUGAGAGAGAGGCAGUUGAAAAUUGAGAGGGAGAAGGAACAGCUGCAGGUCAAAUUUGAUGAGGAAAUAAGAGUAGUCAUUCAGAAUCCAGACAGCACCCCAGAUUGUGUCAGGAUCGUGCUGAUUGGGAAGACAGGAGUUGGGAAGAGUGCAACAGGAAACACCAUCCUGGGGAAAGAGGCUUUUAAAUCUAAACCUUGGGGUAAAUCAGUGACGACCUGUUGUCAGAAAGACACAGCACACGUAAAUGGCCGACCUGUUGCUGUUGUAGACACACUAGGACUGUUUGAUACAGGUGCCCCAAAUGAAGAUGUCAAGAAAGAAAUUCUGAAGUGUUUCAGCUUGCUGGCCCCUGGACCCCAUGUGUUCUUGCUGCUUCUUUCAAUUGGUACCAGGAUGACACCAGAGGAAAUGGUGAUGUUGAAACUCAUCAAAGAUACCUUUGGAACCGGGGCUGAAAAGUUUACUAUUACCCUUUUCACAAAAGGGGAUGAUCUAGGUCCGAUUUCAAUUGAGCAGUACAUCAAAGAAAGUCCUGCAGUUGAACGACUAAUCUCUGACUGUGAAGGACGGUAUCAUGUGUUUAAUAACAGAGAUGAAAGGAAUCACAAACAGGUGACUGAGCUAAUGGAAAAAAUUGACAGAAUGGUGGAGAAGAACGGUGGGGGUUGUUACACCAAUGUGAUGUUCCAAAUGGCAGAAGCUGCAAUUAAAGAGAAGUUUGAGAAUAUGAUGAGAGAGAGGGAGUUGGAAAUUGAGAGGGAGAAGGAACAGCUCCAGGCCAGAUUUGAUGAGGAUAUUACUGGGCCACCUACCUCUGACUGGAUCACAGACUGGGCCAGCAUGCCAUCUAACUCUGACUGGAUCACAGACUGGGCCAUCUACCUCUGA